AUGACUUCCUCUUCUUUCCGACAUGUCAGCAGCUCGUCGACAAGAGGCUUCGAGUACACAUCGACUUCUUCUAUUUCCAACGGCGCCAACGGUACCAAUGGCGUCAAUGGCGUCAAUGGGGGCACAUACUCAGCACUUGCUCCUCCAGAUAUACCGGACAUCGCAGUCCGGUCAGCUAAGCCAAUGCCUUCGGUUUUUAUGCAGCGGCCACGUGCCAGCACAGAUCGCACGUCUUCCUUCGGCGGCUUGGAGCAAGUCAAGGAGCAGCUGGCCACCUCUCGCAACCAUGCUUACCGUGUGCUUGGCUCGAACUUCAGUGGCUAUGCAUUUGACACUUCCAUUACUGGGCUUCUCGAAUGGAUUCGAGACGAAAGACUCAUCAGACUCCCCCACAAAGGCGGUUCUUGGGAUCGUGUGCUAAUCGCCGCACAACACUUUGCAGAGCAAGUCCAUAGGUUUAAUAUUGCUAUCUCGACCUUCGAAUCCGACAUCAACGCCGCUACGAAUCUGGUUUUUGGCCAAUGUCUUCUACUGCUGGAGCUCGGAAGCGACAAUGCUCCAGCACUGGAGACGGUUUUCAACCUCUUCUACCAGUUCGGCCUCGAAUUGUCGCCUCUCCUGAAACGCGUCGACAUUAUCACCUCCUCCAGACUUAUUUCCGAUAACCUCUCCAAAGCGUUUUCUGAGCUGUUGUCUAUUGUGACCGGUGUGGCCAUCACGUUCUGGCAGAUCGUCCAUGGGAACAACUCGUCAACCAAUCUCGACAUCUUUUCCACCUUUAGCACGUCUAUUGAGAGUUUCCGCUCUCGGGUUUCUCAGUGCUCUCAGGACAUGUGGAACUUCAGCCUGACAGCGAGUGGCUUGAAAGACUCCCAUAUUCUGGAAGCCCUGCAGGCGUGGCUGGCUCCACAAGACACCGUUCUGGCAUUCUUAGCCAGCAACAACAUCAAUAUCGCCAGCCGCCCCGAACAAUUCACCUGUACAUGGUUCCAAUCUCACCUGACAAACUUCAUCCGCAGCGGAGAAAGCUCGCUCAUUGUCGAGGGCAAGUCUGGCACGGGCAAGACGACGCUGGCUAACUGGACGGUCGAUCGACUUCAACGACCUAUUGGCCGCAAGCUCGUUUUCCCUCUGAGCUUUUUCUUCAACAGCAACAUCCCUGCACAGGCGAACUCCUUUGCGCUGUUGAAGACACUCCUGUGGCAGAUUUUGUCUCAGCGGAUUGGAGACAUCCACCUGUACAAGGCCUUGACCGAAGCCUACCACGAGUUUAAGGACUCCAACGCCUUGCAUAAGAAUGAGGAGAUCCUGUGGUCUGUCCUUGAAAAAGUCCUGUCGGCCAUCGACGAAGAUGAGACGAACACCCUCGUUAUUGUUAUCGACGGCCUUGAUGAAAUUACAGGGCCGAAACACCAUGCCCAUGCCGUAGCCAACAGGCUCCAUGACCUGGCCGUGAAGAUACCUGGUUUGCGAUUGAUCCGCUUUUCCCAACCACUUGAAUCGACGCAUUCCAAAUCAGAAUAUGUCAAACUCUCGGCAGAAACUAUGAUUGACGACAUCCGAACUAUUGUGCGCCGAGAGCUUGGUGACCUCAAACUGUUCGCGGCAAUUGAAGACGGCGCCCAAGAAUCCGCCAUCGACAAACUGGCAGCCGCCGCCGAUGGCUCAAUCCUGUGGGCUUGGCUGGCUACCCAAUAUAUCGGACACCAAAAAGUCCAUUCUGGCUUUGAUGAAGCUCUGCAAAGCCUCCUCACCAGCCCGAAGACAGUGUCAGAUCUGGUGGAAAGACUGGCGUCGGUUCUUCGAGUCGACGCACGAGCGAAGAGCCUACUUUCAGUUACUCUAGCUGCAGAGAGGCCAUUACUGCUUUCAGAACUCGAACUCCUGCUCCAAGCUCAGCCAAGCCGUCUGGAGAUGGAUGAGAAGAGUGCCGACCUGCGUGAAUUGACCGCAUCUGUGGCGCCCUUCACCAUCAGAGGUGAAGGCAUGCUAACCAUCAGGCAUGCGGCAAUCAAAACAGCUUUGAUCGCAGUUGCCGAAAAGUCGAAGGACUAUUUGUUGGUCAAAGAUCGACACCGAGAUAUGCUGACUCGCGUUCUGAUCCAUGCGAAGACUUCUCUAAGAGAAGAUCAAGAGCCGACUCUGGAUUAUUUGGACUUCGGCAGGAUCCACCGCCCCUCUCACUCACGCCAGUUGCUCGAGUAUACCGUCAGAUACUGGAUUGUUCAUUUCAAGCAGUCCUCCCUGCUGAAGCGUGGGCAAGAUCUCGAUGUUCCAAAGGAGUUUGCCAACAUCUUCCCUUCAACUGUGACUUUGGCCCUCCUGGAAGAGGCUUGCUGGCGCGCGCAGACGUCACCAAGUGAGGCUGCCGAGCUCCACACGCUUGCCUAUCGUGUUCGCACGAACCUAUUCGGCCAAGAUCACGCGUGCGUGUUGCAAGCAGCCAUUGUUGUUGCAAAGAUAUAUGAGACAACUCUAUUUCGGCUCCACGAUGCGGCGUCCUGGUAUAUAACAUCGAUCAGGGUCGCCACCAAGAUAUUGGGUUCGCAUCACGAUCUCGUUGUCCAACUCUGCCUAUGCCUGUUGCGGGUGACAGAAAGCUUGGUUACAAAAAGCAGAAGCCAGAUCACAACUUAUCGCGAAGAGACUCUGCGAAUCCUGGUCUCCGCCUAUACUUACCGCUACGGUGCGAGCUCAAGAGAGGUGUCUGCGUGCUACAGACAGUUGAGCGAGCUCUAUGUUUUCAUUGGUGAGACUGAAAAGACCGAAGAAUUCAAGCAGAAAGCAGGGUCGACUGCCGUGGAUGAUCAGGCGGUCCAGGAGAAUGGCGAGAAGGUAUCUCGCAGUCUGGAUGUCACCCUCCGCAAGCGUAAGGAAAAAGAACUCAUUGAUACCUUUGAGGGAUCUUUGUUUGCUGGCUAUCAAGAAGAGACCGCUGAGUCUCUUACCUUGUCGUUGGUCGAAGGCAUUUUCGCCCGUGCGACAGAGUUGAUCAAACGCGAGGAUUAUGAAAAGGCUGAAGAACUAUACAUUGAACUUUGGUGGAAACUGACAGAGCACUGCGCUAGUGUCAGGACCUUGGAGUGGCACCAGAAGAAGCUCGAGUUGAUGCUGGCGUAUGCUCGCUUCUUGCACUCCCGCAACCGCGUUGACGAAGCGUCUUCUGUCCUCCUAUUCGCCUGGAAAGAGUUCGAGCACAGCGAAUUCUCAAUGUACGAAUCCAUUGUCCGACUCUUGCAAGAGAUCGCCAUCAUCAUGAAGGCCGUCAGGCUCAGCACUGUGGCACUAUCUGUUUACCAGAAAUGUUUCUCCUACUACAAGAAUGUCAGCGAAACCACCUUUAUCUCGGAAAUUGAAGAACAGAUCACUGCCACAUCCAUGGAGAUUAUCAAGUCUUCUACCACGACAGUCAGCGAAUCUACCGAAGUGACUAUACGGGAGGUCUUUGAGCAUACCAUUACAACCACGUCUGAGGUUACCCACUCUACUUUCGAACUGUCCAAGUCAUUGACGGCGAUCUACAUUGAGCAAAGCCGGUACGCACAAGCCAUCACAGUUCUCGAAAGCACGAUGAAGAAGGGUUGGGCUGGGUUGUUUAACGACGCUCUCGAGAGUAUUACACUGCCCUCCAAAUUCUCUGCUGAGAGCGUCAUGCUCGCUGUGCGCCUGGCGGAAUGCUACGAACAACACCAGGUUCUGGACCAGAGCGAGCAGAUUUACCUGAGGCUCUACCGUGCUCAUCACAAGACACACAGCAUUGACAAUCCUGCCGUGGCCAAAUACUCCGAUAUGUAUGUGGCGUUCUUGAGGCGCCACGGCCUUCACGACCGCAUCAUUAGCUUCUAUCAGGAAUUGUUGAUUGACUACCGCAACUUUUACGGGAAGAGCGACAAGAAGACGAUAACUCUGCUUUAUACCCUUGCAGACACUUGCCGCGCCCACCAUCUAGUUCAUCGGUACUGGGUGGAGUACUACCUGGAAAUUGUCAACGCCGUCAACAAAGGUGACCUGAUCAGUCAGAAGGAUGCACUCCGUGCCCUCAUCAUUGUCGCGGAGCAUUACUAUGAGAGCCGGCGAUUCACAGAAGCCUUGAUUCAUUUCAAGUCAAUCGCGGCGACAUUCAUCAAGUUUGGCACCCAGUACGAACAUUUCGCCGAUGCUGCUGUCGUCCAGCGCCUGCUCGAGAAGUACUACACCUCCAUGGAAGAGACCAAGCUGGACGUCGACCAACACGUCAAGAUCUUGAGAGAGGUUCGUGAAGCCUGCUUCAAGUACUACGGCGAAAAGUCCGUGAUCUCGAUUAUCACAACAAGCGCAUUGGCAGAGGCAUGCUCAAAGAGUCAAGAGUAUUGGUUUGAAUCCAUCCGCUACUUCGAAACCGUGUCGCAGCAUUCCGAGGCGGUGUCUGUACAGACGAUCGAGCGCUCCAAGAGCAUGAUCAAAGAGCUUUACAUCAAACAAAUCACGUCUACGAAGUCCACGACGUUGAGCAAGGAGACCGUCGAGAAGGCCGAGUCGCUGUUGUUCGAAAAGUACAUCUCGAGCCGCAGAGCACAUGAGUACACGCAGACGAAGACGCUCAAACAACUUCAGCAGCUGAUCGCCAUUUACCACAAGCAACAGAAGACUGACCUCAUCGUCAAGGAACUCCGAUCUCUGAUUCUGGACAUUGUGCUGAAUGUUCGCACCACGGAAGAACUGGUGUAUGUGGCUGAUUUCCUCGCCACGAUCUUCAUCAGUUACGACCUGCGCCGCUACGCCCUGGAGAUUGUCCGGGAUCUCAAACUCCAGGCCAUCUACCGUUCUGCGCCCAAGAGUUCGGCGUUCCAUGGGGCGACAAUUGGGCGAGCUUGCUUCGCUUUCAUUGCGGCUUUCGAGUAUCACGUCCGCAGUGAUCAUACUCUCAGCAUUGCCCACAAUAUCGCUGAGCUAGUGGCCGAGCAUUUGUUCUAUGAGCGUUUCGUCAGAUCCAUCAAAGCCAAAGCCAAGUUACAAGCGGUCUUCGUCCAUGCUGCUCGUCUGCGCCAUAUCCUCGUCCGAAACAACCGCUUUGACGACUUCACCAUCAUCGAAACACAGCUAAUUGAUUUCUUUGCUGCCACCGAAGUCUCAGUCUCCAAGGCUGUUUCCCGAGCAGCUCUGAAAGCUUUCGUCAAUGUCAUCACCAAAUACGCGGCGGAGCAUCCAAAUGUCCACUUCAAGAGCUUCGUUGUUGCCGCCAGCUACGCCGCAGUUGACCAGCUCCGCCUCUUGUUGAAGCAGAACAAGGAUCAGGAAGCCCUUGACCUCGCCACCUGCACAUUCAAGUUCCUCAUGGCGCACGAAGGUCUUGACGAUCCCACCGAGAUCCGCCUUGGGUUCCAGCUUUGUCUCAUGACUGCCGGAAGAGGUGAGUUUGCGUAUAAAAGCAGCAGCCCCAAGGUCCAGGGUGAGAUGCUCGCGCUCUCCCAACAGAUCCUGGCAGAGGUUUUCGAUAUCUGCAAGAACAACAACAUCAACAUCGCCCGAGCGCAGCUCUCCGAACUCAACGAACUCAUCAGCUUGAUCGGCGAGCACAAGGACUAUUCCCGCCUCUCUUGGCUUCUCAAUACCCUCUGGACGUCUCGGGAAGGUCAGAGCUCCUGGCCACAAGACACCAUCCUCGACCUGGGCUUCCGUCUCGUUCAAGCGGAGUUCAGUGCCGGCAACUACAAGCCUGCCCUCCGCCUGUGCGAAGACAUUGUGUAUAACAUCAAACGUGUUCACGGCUCGAGGAAUCCGCGCUUGUACUCAUGCUGGAAUCUCCUGGCAGAGCUCUACACCGGAUAUGCGAACCAUUUGCUGGCCGAAGCGGGCAAGCAGGAGCCUGCGACCAAGAAGGGGACGGAGCAGAGCGCUCUUCUCUACCUACGAAAAGCGGCAGACGUCCACCUCACAGCGCUCAAACAGUUAGUUGACGCCGAUGCCGCCGACACCGGCGACGACGACGACUACGAGCUCGACAUCGGCAUCAGCCUGAAGAAAUCCGCCGCGACCAACGGCACCUCUACCACUGCCACCAACGGGACAAGCUCUCACGGCAAAGUCAACGGCGACGGCGACCACAAGCACGUGCGCGCGUUCCAGAACCGCGAGGAGGAGCUGGAGAUCGUGCGCCGCCACCUCCGCCUGCUCAAGUUAGCGCUGCAGCGCGCCGGCGGCUUCUUCAAGCCGGCCAAGGAGUACGAGGUGCUGACGCAGAAGGUCGCCGCCCACUACGGCGAGGACCUGAAGCUCAAGGACCUCGAGUGGAACGCCGCCAAGUGGAAGGUCGACGGCUUCGCGCUGGGCCAGGCCGAGGGUCAGAAGCAGGACGGCGUGUACCGCGUGCCUGCGCACUGGGAGAUCCACGUGGCUUAA